AUAUAUAUUUGAACACAGAAUAUUAAUUGAUAUUUCUCAGUGCCUCUGUGGUUUCAAGAGCUUCUUCGUGUUAAAUAUAUCGUCUGACGUCUAUCAAUUUUAAUAAUUUAAUAAAUAAUAUUAUUCAAGAAUCAAGAAGUUCAUUUAUUUUUAUGAGACAUGUGUGAUGUGUCAUUAGUGGAUAAAUAAAAUUGUAUUUUUAUAAGUCUAAUCAACUUUUAUAAUAAUUCCAUAUUACUUAAAAUACUAUUAGAUUAAUUUAAUAUUCUUAAUCAUGUGCGACAAAAUCAAAAUGCCUUGCAUUCCUGUAGCAUUCACAGUAACACCUAUGAUAGGUGGUUUCAUUGGAGGUAUUUUUGUUCGGAAAAAUAUCAAAGGAUGGUACGAGACACUAAAUCGACCAUCCUGGAGACCUCCAAAUUAUAUGUUUGGGCCAGUUUGGACUACUUUGUAUUUAGGAAUGGGAUAUGCGUCAUAUAGGGUAUACCGUUGUGGAGGUGGAUUUUCUGGUGCAGCAAAACUUCCUUUGGCAUUAUACGCAUCACAAUUGGUUUUGAAUUGGGCAUGGUCACCUUUAUUCUUUGAGUUUCAUCAGUUAAAAUGGAGUUUGAUUGAAAUUUGUCUUUUGUGGACAAAUGUAGCUGGUUGCAUUGUAACAUUUUAUAAAGUAAACAAGGUGGCCAGUUAUUUGAUGAUUCCAUACUUAGGUUGGUUGUCAUUAGCAACAGCAUUGACAUAUAACAUAUAUAAAAAUAACCCUGAAGUAUCAGACAAAGUUAAUGAUGAAUAAUAUUGUAUUAUCAACUAUAAGUUAACAUAAUAUUAUUUUUAUUAGGUAUUAAAAUUUAAAUUGUCAUCACAUGGUUAUAUAAAUAUAUGUUAUUUGUUUUAAGUUCAAUUUAAAAUCAUGGGUGUACACAGGGAGUGAUGGAAUUUGAUAUUUUAGUUUUUAAGAUUAAUAUUGAUGAAUUUAUUAAUAUUUUAAACUUUAUAAUCUUGAUUUGUAUGCUAUAAAUAGUUACCUAUAACACAGUUUCUAAACAUUUUUUUUUAUUAACAUUUAAAAAAAUGUUUAGUUAAUAUUAAUUUUUUAUGAAUAUUUAAAAAACUGUAGAUGAUAUGUUUGUUUAAUUGGAUUUAAUGAUUUUUCAUUAAAUUAUGAUAGUUGUUUUGUUAUAAAUCAAAAAAAGAUUUUAAGUUAUUAAUAGACACUUUAAAUUUAUGACCAUAAAUGUAAAUUGUUAAGUAUAGAAAUCCUAAUGGUGAAUUGUUUAACUUUGAAUUAUGUCUACCUAAUUAUAUUUUUUAAAUAAUUUUCAAUAAAAAUAUAUAUACAUUUGUUUUAUUGUAUUGAUUUGCAAUUGUUUAAAUAAUUAUUUAAAAAAAAAAAAAAUAAAACUGUUUAAAAACUGGAAACCAAACUGUUCGAUUCAAAUGUCUUACUAUUGAUUAUGUUAAGGACAAAAUGUCUGUAAGUUCAAUUAUUUUAUUGGAAUUACUUUAUUUGUUAUUAAUUAUUACUGUAUUUAACCUUGAUUAUUAUUUAUUAUGUACCUAAACAUUUCAUUAAUUUUUUAACUUAAUAAAGAUUUUUUUUUUU